UUCCCGCUUCUGUGUCUAUCUGUAUAAUUCAGCCAGCCCUGGCGGCAUCCCUGUCCUCGGUGUACUCCACAUAUAAUACUGGCAGUUUUCCAAUGGAAUGCCCCUCUUCUCCUCAAGUCCUUGUCGUUUUACUCUGACUCAUCAUCUUAGUAAUAGAUAGUACUGAGUCUUUCUUUAUUAGUCCGUCCUACUCUUGUGUCUUGUCACAGAGCGUUACCUGAGCUUUCAGAUUUUCAGCUGCUGCUUCAGGAACAUUAGUAGCAAAUUGAGAGAAAAAUAGAAUAAUAGGAGUGCUUACCAGUAAUCUGAGUAGCUUCUGAUAUUCUGAGUUAAUCCAUUUGAGUAGACUGGUGGUGACCAUGGAUUGCGUUUACAAAGACCCAAAUGCUCCCGUUGAAGCCAGAGUCAAGGACCUUCUAUCCCGCAUGACUCUUGAGGAGAAGAUCGGUCAGAUGACCCAGAUCGAACGCAGCGUCGCCACUCCCGAUGCCGUCAAAAACCGUUUCAUAGGAAGUGUCUUGAGUGGUGGAGGGAGCAAGCCGUUUGAGAAGGCCAACUCGGCGGACUGGGCAGAUAUGAUCGAUGGGUUUCAGAAGGGAGCUGUAGGGUCGAGGCUGGGCAUUCCCAUUUUCUAUGGUGUGGAUGCGGUUCAUGGCAACAACAAUGUCUAUGGUACUACUAUCUUUCCUCAUAACAUUGGCCUCGGUGCCACCAGGGAUGCUGAUCUAGUUAAAAGGAUAGGGCAAGUAACUGCUCUUGAAGUUAGGGCCUGUGGUGCUCAUUAUUCCUUUGCUCCAUGUGUUGCUGUUGCUAAAGAUCCAAGAUGGGGAAGAUACUAUGAGAGUCACGGUGAAGAUACAGAACUUGUUAGAAAGUUCUCCUGCCUUGUCACAGGUUUGCAAGGACAGCCGCCUGCAGGGCACCCGAAUGGCUACCCUUUUCUUGCUGGGAGAAAAAAUGUUAUGGCAUCUGCUAAGCAUUUCGUUGGUGAUGGGGGAACUGAUAAAGGUAUCAACGAGGGGAAUACUAUAUUGGCAUAUGAGGAGUUGGAGAGGAUCCACAUGGCGCCAUAUCUAGAUUGUCUAUCUCAAGGCGUUUGUACUGUAAUGGUAUCCUACAGCAGCUGGAAUGGAAGUAGACUCCAUACUGAUCACUUUCUUCUGACAAAAGUAUUGAAAGAGAAGCUGGGAUUCAAGGGUCUGGUUAUUUCAGAUUGGGAAGCACUUGACCGGCUUUACCAUCCACAUGGCUCAAACUAUCGUCAAUGUAUAUUGUCUACAGUCAAUGCAGGAAUUGACAUGGUCAUGGUGCCUUUUAGAUAUGAACUGUUUUUGGAGGAGCUGUUAUCUUUGGUACAAUCUGGGGAAAUACCAAUGGACAGGAUUAAUGAUUCUGUUGAAAGGAUAUUGAGAGUCAAAUUUGUUGCCGGACUCUUUGAGCAUCCAUUCACGGACAGAUCUUUGCUUGAGUUGGUUGGUAGUAAGCCUCAUCGAGAAUUAGCACGUGAAGCUGUUCGAAAGUCUUUAGUUUUGUUGAAGAAUGGAAAGGAUCCAAAGAAACCCUUUCUUCCAUUAGAUAGGAAAGCAAAAAGAGUUCUUGUCACGGGAGUACAUGCAGAUGACCUUGGGUAUCAGUGCGGAGGUUGGACUUGCACCUGGACUGGAACCAGUGGCAGGAUAACCAUAGGCACAACCAUAUUGGAUGCAAUAAAAGAAGUAGUGGGAAGCAACACAGAAGUGGUAUAUGAGAAAAAUCCUUCGCCAGAAACCUUUACCAGCGAAGAAUUUUCCUUCGCCAUUGUAGCGGUUGGUGAGAGUCCAUAUGUGGAAACUGGAGGGGAUGACCCAGUGCUCAAAAUUCCUUUUAAUGGAGAUGAACUCAUAAGCACAGUUGCUGACAGAGUUCCAACUGUGGUAAUUCUGAUUUCAGGGAGGCCCUUGGUUUUAGAGCCCUCAACUUUGGAAAAGGCAGAAGCGUUUAUAGCUGCUUGGUUGCCUGGAACUGAAGGAAGGGGGAUCACAGAUGUCCUCUUUGGAGAUCAUGCAUUUCACGGACGCCUCCCAGUGACGUGGUUUAAAAGCGUUGAUCAACUGCCAAUGCAUAUAGAAUCAAAUUCAUAUGACCCUCUUUUUCCUUUGGGCUACGGGUUGACAGGCAAGAAUGAAGAAAUGUAAUUUUUUUUUUUUUUUAAAAAAAAGUGACAUUUGCUGGCCGUCCAGGACCAAAUUCAUGAGAGGUGUUGUGAUAAAUUAGACCUCCAGUAGUUAAUAAAUUUAAAGCUCUUAGACUAUGUCCAAACCUUUUA